AUGGUUUCUAGAGAGAUGGCAGAUAAGUUGAAUUUACAGUGUGAGAAACAUCCUCACCCUUACCAUAUUGCAUGGUUUAAGAAGGGGAAUGAAGUUACUAUUGAUAAGAGGUGCUUGAUCAAUUUUUCUAUAGGAAAAAAUUACAAAGAUGAGGUCUGGUGUGAUGUCAUCCCAAUGGAUGCAUGUCAUGUAUUACUGGGGAGACCUUGGCAAUAUGACAGAAAGGUCAUGCAUGAUGGGGAAAGGAAUACAUAUACAUUUUGGAAGGAAGGAACGAAAGUCAUCUUAUUACCCCUUAAGGAUGUAGGGGAAGCUAAGAAUAUGUUGUCUGAAAGAGAGCUUGUUAAGGAGAUGAAGGUGAUAGGAUUAUAUUAUGCAUUAAUGGUACAAAAGGAGGAAGGAGGAAGGAUAACAAUCCCUGCUGAAGUAAUAAAGAUACUCAAAGAAUAUAGUGAUGUUAUACCUGAUGAGCUACCUGAUGGUCUUCCACCGAAGUGA